GAGAGAGAGAGAGAGAGAGAGAGAGAGAGAGUGAGAGAGUAGAGGACCACUCUGCGACCUAUAAGGGCUGUUGUUUUGUUUUGCGCUCCCGUGCGCACCGGGACUGCGGAACGAUCCAGCGCCGUCUCGACCGAGGUUCUCCCGGGACUUGACCGGUUUCCCAUUCGUUGUUUUAUCCGGUGGAGACCCGCUAGGAGAGAGAGAGAGAGAGACAUAUAGAGAGAGAGAGAGAGAGAGAGAGAGAGAGAGUAUACGCAACAGACGGGCGCUGAGCCGGAGGGGAAAAGUUUGUUGCACGGACUCAGAAAAUCACUGCGAUGGAAUUAUAAGCCGCGGCAGGAACUCCUCCAAACUUUAUGGAGGGACCCAUUUCUGCUUCUUAAUCUCGUGUGAGUUUUUUUCUAUUUGAGUCUUUUUCUUUUUCUUCUUUCCCCCCCCGAGCCCCCAAUCAUGUAUGGAUAACGGGAGGUUCUCUGAAGAAUCCGGCUCAAAUGGAUCAGCGCUGACGGGAGCCGGGAUUACUCUGCAGUGCACUGCCAGCCUGUUGAACGCCCACACACACACACACACACACACACGCCAUCUGCUUCGCGAUAAACAAGAGUCUCCCGUGAGAGGACCCUCCAUCCAUGGGAGUGUAGUGUAGAAGUUUCACCCAUGACACCGCAGUGAGCGCUCGCCGUCUUCGCGCAGGCCGGAACAAUGGCAACCGCUGGCGCACUGGCACGGCGCGUCCGCGUGUCCGCGUCGACCCUGAGCUGGGUGCUUCUGCUUCUCGGCUGCCUGUGCGCGGCCUCGCCGACGCACGGCCGGCGGCUCAUCUGCUGGCAGGCCAUCAUGAACUGCCAGGCCGAGCCCGAGUGCAAUUACGCGUACGAUCACUACGCGCGCGCCUGCGGGCCCGUGCUGAGCGGCGACAGGAAGAAGUGUCCGAGCCACUGCAUCUCGUCGCUGGUGCAGCUCAACCUGACCAAGAGCGGCCCGGCGCUGGAGGACUGCAGCUGCGCGCACGACGCGGUGUGCACGAGCACCAAGCGGGCCAUCGAGCCCUGCCUGCCGCGGACCACCAGCACCGGCUGCACGGAGGCGCGGCGCCAGUGCGAGCGGGACCAGCAGUGCAGCUCGGCGAUGCACGGCUACCUGCACCACUGCGGGAAGCUGUUCAGCGGCGCCGUGUGCACGAACGCCUGCCGCAGCGUCAUCGCCAACAUGCGUAAAAUACCCAAGGGCCAGCAGCUGGACACCUGCAUGUGCGACGGCACGGAGCGGGCCAUCUGCGAGUUCGUGAAGAGCUCGAUGAAGGCGCUGUGCUUCGACUCGGCCGAGAGGUUCGAGGCGAGCGGCUACGACGGCGGCGACCAAGAGGAGUACGGCGGCGACGACUUCUCGGACCCGGACUACCCCGAGGAGCUGGAGAGCGCGGCGUCCGCUCCUCCUCCGGCGGCGCGCCGCGCGUCGUUGACCCUGCUGGCUUCCAUCUUGGCUCUGUUGCCCCUCGUUUAAUCCCCCCCCCCCCCCCCAGGGUUCAAGAGUUGCCCUCCCCCCCUCGACUAUUGUCAGGAUAAAAGUCAAUCGCCACCUCUUUUGACCUUUCUACUGUUGUGAAAGGUCAAGAGCCUCGGACACUUCAGAGGAGACGGUGUCGUGGAGGCGCAGGCCUCGUUUGAAUCGAGAGGUUUCGGACUCUGGCGGAUCUCGGAAUCGGGAUAUUUUUCUAUGCAAAUGAAAGCAGAAAGGAAUUUAUGUCCAAAUUCUCCCGAGCCUCCGCAGGCCGCUUCUCUUAUCAAACCCACACCACGUCCUCCAGAUGCUCCGCUUAUGUGAUAAGCGUUAAUGGGAUCUUCUACUUUCCCACAGUCACAGACUGAAAGGACACAGUCGGUUUUCCUUUCUUUGUUUUUGUAACAAUGCCACAUUUAAUCAGUAUAUGCUGUGCACUGCCAAUUCUUUCCUCUUUUUUUUUUUUUUAAAGAUAUGAACUAUUUUUGUAUAUGAUAGGCUGCAUGUGACCGGGGCUGAUCUGAUUUACACGUAUUUAAUGCUGGAAAUCUAUAUUGAACUAUGUAAAUAGAUGAGGAGUUAAAAAGUGAAACGGUAAUUUAUUACAUGCCACCUAUUAUAGUUACAUCCAAAUGUCCACCGUGUGAAUAAAAGACUGAGAAUUCCAGCUUUAAAGGGAAGUUAUUUUUGACUGUAUUCUCUUCAAAGAUAAUGUACAUUGUAUAUAUGUGUAUAUAGACUAUAUAGAUUUUUUUCUCCCCCCCACCCCCCCGCUCCCAAACAGAGAAUCCUUUACGUUGUAGGCUACAAGAUGAUUUAUUCACUGUGUAUCGCCUAGAGAGAAAGAAAUGUCUAAAUCCACUGUAUGAUUGCCUCGUUGAUAUACUUUUAUAGAAGGCAUAAAGGAAACUUGAAGAUA